AUGCCUCUCAUGUCUGCAGAUGGAAGUGGUGAAUUGCCACCCGUAAUGCUCCAUCGCUAUCCGGUAACACUUGGACUUCCCACGGCGGAUCCAUAUGCACUUGCUAUCGAGUGUAUGUUACGAAUUGUUGGGGCACAUUACAAAAAAAGAGAUGGAGGACUACCCGUUACACUCGAAGUGCCAGUUGAUGGUAGGAAUAAACCUGCGAUGAAGCGACAUGAGGGUCUCACGUCAUGUUUACAAUUAAUUGAGUCCGCCACACAUCAGGACGCGGAAGUAAUCACAUCGGCACUUGAACCGGAGGCGUUGUGUGUGCGACUUACGGCUGAGGUGGUGUUAAUACCCGCGUUUGUGUAUAUAACGCAUAGUGAUGCCGGAAUUUUACGUAAUGCCAUUCAAAAGGCGGUAGAACCAAAAGUGGCGAGCAUGUGGCAACGGUUCCGCGGUUCAUAUUCCCGUCACGUGGUGCAACAAACGUCUUUUUGUCGGUCGUAUAAAAAUAUGGGUGAAGCCAUCGAGAAUGUGGAGCGCUGCCUUCGGGCGAUUGAAGCAAUUUGUUCGAUUAACACGGCUGGUAAUGGGAUGUUCAUUCUUGGUACUGAGAGACCAUGCAGUGCUGACGCGUUAAUAUACGCGGCAGCUUCUUCUUUUUUUCAUGCUGAUUUUGCUUCCCGCCAGGCAUCAGGCGAUAUUAUUGCAAUGCAGCAGCGGUUAAGGGAAGGAUGCCCCACAUUACUGACUUACGUGGAGCGACUCCGUGGGUUAUAUUUCGAAGAUUACAGUGCCUUCUACCACCUGCGUGCCCCAACCUGUGGAAUGGAGGGUGAAGCUACGCAGAAGGCUGCAGAAGAAACUUUUGUUAGGGGACGGUGGAAAGUUUUGGCAUUCACCGGCGUUUUCUCUAUCACAUAUUUUCUUGUUGCAAAUAUAGAUGUCUUUUCGGCAGUUCUGCUGCAUUAUCUGGAGGAUGACGGGGAAGAAGAGUUUUUAGAAGAUGAAGAGUGA